GGGCGUGAGCGAGCCUCCUGCGCGCCAGCCCGGCCUCCUGCGCAGCGCGCGCCUCUGCGAGGACCCGCGCGAGCUGCCCGUGUCGCUGCCUGCGCUGUUUAAACUGCAGAACCCGUUAGGCCCCGGGAGGAACUACCGUUCCAGCUGGUUCCCGAGCCGAGCGUGCCGGGGGCAAGGGGCGGUCGCGCGGCGGCUCGCGCCUUUCGCGCCUCUGCAACGUGGAGAGGAGAACCGGCACUUUCCGUGGACGCCACCUCCAGCCCUGACGCUGGCGCGGGCGGGGGUUCACUCGCGGGGGUCCUGAGACUGAGGAAAACGCGCCAAGUUCCCCUCGGCGGCCGAGCGGGGACCCUGCGGCUCGGGAGCGCCGCCACCGCUGUGCGCCCGUAGCCCUCCCGGCCGGGCUGCGCCGGGGAUGUAGUGGGGCCGCGGCGGGCAGGACCGAGCGGCGGCCCGGCUCCCGCUCCGCGGACGAAUGGUCACUCCCCCGCGGGAGGCGCCCACCAGCGAUCCCUCUCCCGGGACGGCGGCGGGGCUCACCUGUCGCGCCCGCACUCUGCCCGGCUGGUCUCCCCGGCGGCGGGGCCGCGGACUCGCUCAGGACCAUGACCGGAUUUAAUUGGUGAUUACAGCUUCCUUCAAUAAGUUAAUUCUCGUCAACUCCUUGCAAUUUUGAAAGAAAAUGCCUGGCGUCAUACCUAGUGAAAGUACUGGGCUUUCAAGAGGCAGUCCAUCCAAGAAAAACAGACUGUCUUUGAAGUUUUUUCAGAAAAAGGAAACUAAAAGAGCCUUAGACUUUAUUGAUUCUCAAGAAAAUGAAGAAAAAACUUCUGAAUAUAGAGGAUCUGAGAUUGAUCAGGUUGUUCCUGCUGCACAGUCCUCACCAAUAAGCUGUGAGAAGAGAGAAAACUUGUUACCAUUUGUUGGACUGAAUAACCUUGGCAAUACUUGUUAUCUGAAUAGUAUUCUUCAGGUGUUAUACUUUUGUCCUGGUUUUAAGACUGGAGUGAAGCACUUAUUUAAUAUUAUUUCAAGGAAGAAAGAAGCUCUGAAGGAUGACGCUAAUCAGAAGGAUAAGGGAAGCUGCAAAGAAGAUCCUUUGGCAAGUUAUGAGCUUAUAUGCAGUUUACAGUCCUUAAUAAUUUCAGUUGAACAGCUUCAGGCUAGUUUUCUCUUAAAUCCAGAGAAAUAUCCGGAUGAACUUGCUACACAGCCAAGGCGACUGCUCAACACACUAAGGGAACUCAACCCUAUGUAUGAAGGAUAUCUACAGCAUGAUGCACAGGAAGUGCUACAGUGUAUUCUGGGAAACAUUCAAGAAACAUGCCAAUUCCUAAAAAAAGAAGAGAUAAAAAACUUGGCCGAAUUAUCCAGCAAGGCUGAAGAAAAAGCGCUUCAGAAAGAGGAAACAAAUGGAAUUAACAGCACAGAGAUUGACAGUAUGAGGAAUCUGGAGGACUUUAAAGACCAACUCCCAAAAGGAAACUGGAAAAGAAAAAGCGACAGUGAAUCGGGUAACAUGAAGAAAAAGGUUAAAUUGUCCAGGGAAUCCCAGCCAUUGGAAGAAAACCAGAGACAAACCAGGUCAAAAAGAAAAGCUACUGGAGACACACUAGGGGUUUCUCCUAAAAUCACCCCCAAGUGUGUUUCUGAAAAUGAGAGUGCAAAGCCCUCACAGAAUAAAUCAAAAGUUAAAAUCAAUUGGUUAAAGCCGGCCACUAAGCAACCCAGCAUUCUUUCUAAGUUCUGUAGUCUUGGGAAAAUAACAACCAACCAGCGCUCCAAAGGACAAUCUAAAGAAAACGAGGGUGAUCUUGAAGAAGACUUGGAGAAGUACGGAAGUGACAACACAGUUAAUGGUGGUCCCGAGUCUCUGGGAAGUAUCGAUGCACCUGUGGACAGUGGUGAAGCUAAGUCCGUAAACAAAGGUGCCGAGCAGAUUGGCUUUGAGCUAGUAGAGAAACUGUUUCAAGGUCAGCUAGUAUUAAGGACUCGUUGUUUGGAAUGUGAAAGCUUAACAGAAAGAAGAGAAGAUUUCCAGGAUAUUAGUGUUCCAGUACAAGAAGAUGAGCUUUCCAAAGUCGAGGAGAGCUCUGAAAUUUCUCCAGAGCCAAAAACAGAAAUGAAAACCUUGAGAUGGGCAAUUUCACAGUUUGCUUCAGUGGAGAGAAUUGUAGGAGAGGAUAAAUAUUUCUGUGAAAAUUGCCAUCAUUAUACGGAAGCAGAGCGAAGUCUCUUGUUUGAUAAAAUGCCUGAAGUUAUCACUAUUCAUCUGAAGUGCUUUGCUGCUAGUGGCUUGGAGUUUGAUUGUUAUGGUGGUGGACUUUCCAAGAUCAACACUCCUUUACUGACACCUCUUAAACUGUCCCUAGAAGAAUGGAGCACAAAGCCGACUAAUGACAGCUAUGGAUUAUUUGCUGUUGUGAUGCACAGUGGCAUUACUAUCAGUAGUGGGCACUAUACUGCAUCUGUUAAAGUCACCGACCUUAACAGUCUAGAACUUGAUAAGGGCAAUUUUGUGGUUGACCAGAUGUGUGAAAUAGGUAAGCCAGAGCCACUGAAUGAGGAGGAAGCAAGGGGGACAGCUGAAAAUUAUGAUGAAGAAGUAUCAAUUAGAGUUGGUGGAAAUGCCCAGCCAAGUAAAGUUUUGAACAAAAAAAAUGUGGAAGGUAUUGGACUUCUUGGAGGACAAAAGAGCAAAGCGGAUUAUGAGCUGUACAACAAAGCAUCUAGUGCUGACAAGGUAGUCGGGACAGCAUUCACUGACAGUAGAAAUUCUGAAACUAAUGAUACUAAUGGGACCCACGAAUCUGACAGGAACAAGGAAUCCAGUGACCAAACAGGCAUUAACAUGAAUGGACUUGAGAACAAAAUUUCCUAUGUAGUGCAAAGCUUAAAGGAGUAUGAAGGGAAGUGGUUGCUUUUUGAUGAUUCUGAAGUAAAAGUUACAGAAGAGAAAGACUUUCUGAAUUCUCUUUCUCCUUCUACAUCUCCUACAUCUACUCCCUACUUGCUAUUUUAUAAAAAAUUAUAGUGAGUAUAUUUUCCUUGUAAAUAUUAAACAGACCUGGACAGACGUUGGUAAAGUUGAUUACAUCUAAGAUCUUUAGUUUAUCUUUUGAAGCUAUUGGAUAUUAUUGGUCUCUCUAGGCUUUUAUAUAAAUAGUGAGAUUUUAAAUACUGAAAACCAUGUUAAUUUUUAGAAUCAUUUUCCUUAGUAGAGACUAGUGAUGGAUAAGCUGGGAACAAACUUGUGUAGAUUCUAAAUGAUCCAAAAUGGAAGCUUGUGAAACACUUAACACUUUUGGAUUUACAUGAUCUUUUGUGUUUGCUUUUUAAAAUAAAGUGCUUGUAUUUGUAUUCUCCAUAUUUUGGAGUAAUUAUCUACUUGAUGUUUAUAGGUCUGGCUUUUUCACCCAAGAAACAAUCUCAUUCAGUAUAUUUAGUUUUAUAAUAGUCAUGAAGCCAAAUCUUUGGGCUGUAUCAGAGGCACAAAGUCUAGAAUAUGUAUAUUCACAAUGGUAUAUAUUUUGUGCCUUGAAUAACUUUGGAAAGUGUCUCAGAAAACCUGGCAAUCCCCUCUAUCUUCAUAAGAAUUUUAUAUGUAUUUAUGAAGAUGACUCUGUACUCUAGUCAAUCUUUUUGGCAUGACUAAUUUGUAUCUCUAUCCUCAUUCUGCACGAUCUGUACAUAGUACAUCAACUUAGAGGUGUGACCUUUAACUUUUUUUAAAAACUGGGAGGUCAAUAAAAUUUAAACUGUUUAACAACUAUGUA